UCUCUUGUUGGGUUAAUGAGGCAACUAGUCACACCUGUGACAGAUCCUUUAAAAGGAGAGGUGGAAGAGGUAGACCAUAACUCACAGACAACAGAGAGACAACCAGUGAAUCCCUUGGAAGAGUGCAGAAGGAGACUAUCACCAUGGCGAUAUUGACCAUCAUUCUGCUUGUUAGCACAGCUUUUGCUCUGGGAGAUGCUACGUUACGACCCAUGACCCCCUGUGAGCGUGCUAGAUAUGCCGCGACACAUGGCCCAAUUGGAGCCUACAUCCCCACGUGUGACGCCGCUGGACGAUACACCCCUAAGCAAUGUUCGGGCUCUACAGGUUACUGUUGGUGUGUGACCACUACUGGACAGAAGAUUCAGGGUACGGAGACUCCACCAGGCACUGCUAUCAACUGCUAGCAACUGUUCCACCAAGAUGAAAGGCGUUGGAAUGAAGUCUUUGAAAAGACGGACAGUUGUCUUUACUGUACGACAGGAACUGAUUCACGCCCCAUAUAAAUGCAUGAAGAAAUCCAGAGAUUAAACUGUUGAUUUACUUA